UACCAGAUGAUGCAUACGGCUACCAGGUUGGGUGGAGCAAGCCUUGUGGCACAUGGGCCUCCUACCUGCUGCCAUGUACCUGGAGGUGGCAGCAUGGUGAAGAUCGCUUGGAGGCCGUUGGUCCGGGUGUCCCAGGACCUUGCUUCCAACGGUGCUGCUCCUGAGAAGGCUCUCGGUUUCGAGGGCUCGGUUUGGGGAGACUUUUUUAUCCAUCACACACCACCACAGCUUCAGAGAUCACAGGAAUGGAUGAGACAGAGGGCCAAUAAGCUGAAAGAAAAUAUUCGCACGAUGUUUCGGAAUUCGGAUGAUGUGGUUGAGCGAAUGAACCUAGUAGAUGCAAUCCAACGCUUAGGAAUUGGUCACCUCUUUGAAGACGAGAUAAGCUGCACACUAAGCGACAUACACAAAAGUGAAUUUACUAGCUCUAGUCUCCAUGAGGUUGCUCUUUGGUUUCGCCUGCUUAGGGAGCAUGGCCUAUGGGUGUCUUCAGAUGCAUUUAACAGGUUCAAGGGUGACGAUGGGAGUUUCAUCAGUGAAGUAGCUAAUGAACCAAGGGGUUUAUUAAGUCUAUACAAUGCAGCUUACCUUCUUACUCACGAUGAGCCAGAACUCGAAGAAGCCAUAUCUUUUUCUAGGCACCAUCUAAAAUCAAUGAUGCAGGGAAAUAACCUUAAACAACCUUUAGUUUAUCAAGUUAGGCGUGCCCUUCAAUUUCCACUACCAAGGGCCUACAAAAGAGCAGAGGCAUUGUGUUAUUUCUUGGAAUAUGAACAAGAGGAAGGACAUAUUUCGAUUCUUUUGGAUCUCGCAAAAUUAGAUUUUAACCUCCUUCAGGGGAUCCAUUUGAAGGAGCUGAAAACUAUUUCAGAGUGGUGGAAAGAUCUUUAUGGAUAUAUAGGGCUAAGCUAUCUCAGGGAUCGUAUGGUAGAGAACUACACAUGGACAUACAUGAUGUUCUAUGAGGAAGGUUUGUCAGUCACCCGGAUAAUUUGUGCCAAGAUAUUUGCAUUAAUAACCAUAAUGGAUGACACUUAUGAUGCCCAUGCCACCAUCCAAGAAUGCCGGAAGCUAAAUGAAGCCAUACAAAGAUGGGAUGAGAGUGCUAUUCCUCUGCUACCUGAGUACUUGGAAAAGUUCUACAUUAAAUUGUUGAAUAAUUUCAAGGAUUUUGAGAAUCAAGUGUCGGUUAAUGAGAAGGACCGAGUUGCUUAUGCUCAAAAAGAGUUCCAAAAGUUAUCCCAUUAUUAUCUCAUGGAAGCUGAAUGGUUACAUCAGAAUCACAUGCCAAGCUUUCAAGAGCAGGUGACUUUGUCUACUAAUACCUCGACAGCACAACUAAUAUGUGUGUCUACAACGAUUGGUAGAGGUGAUGCAGUAACGAAAGAAGCAUUUGAGUGGGCAACAAGCAGUACUGCAAUAAUAGCAUGCGCAAAAAUAAUACGCUUCAUGAAUGACAUUGCUGCGUUUAAGCGUGGCAAGAACAAAGGGGAUAUCUCUAGCAGUGUGGAAUGCUACAUGACCGAGAACCAGGUCACAAGUGAGGUCGCUUUCAGCAAGCUCUAUUCGCUAAUAGAAGAUGAAUGGAGAACCCUGAACCAGGCCCGUUAUGAGCAUCACGAGCUUCUUCCCGUGGUGCAACGAGUUGUCAACUUUGCUGUCGCAAUAAUGUUCUUUUAUGAUGAGAGGAAGGACGCAUACACAUUCUCCUCAUAUCUACAGGAGAUUGUUAGGAGCCUCUUUGUCAAUCCCGUUUGUAUGUAAGAUCCUCUAUAUUGUUUUAUCUAUCUAUUUUGUAACUUAUUGUGCGGUAUGUAUUACAAUAAUCAAUAUUGUAUAAUUAUUUUAGAAUUUUUCGUAACUA